AUGGGGAUCUGGACACGGGUCGGCCCGAGAGUGGCCACGUUGGUGUGGAGGCCGACAUACCUGUCGAGGACAGUAACCACCCUGGCUUUCCCGCUGCAGGAGCAUUUGGCGCGGGCCCGGCGCGGGGCGGGCGGGGGGCGUCGGGCUCGGCGUCCCCCGGUGUUGCGGGCUCGCGGGGUGACCGGGGGGCGCGGGAGGGGCGCGGCGGCGCGAGAGGGUCGGGUCCCUGGGUCGGGUCUCCGUGCGUCGUCUUUCUUUGUGUUCCCUUCUGGUCUCGAUUCGGGGUUAAGAUUUCAUUAUGUUGCUACUGGAGAAAGAGGCAAACCCCUUAUGCUGCUGCUUCAUGGAUUUCCAGAAUUCUGGUAUUCUUGGCGACACCAGCUGAGAGAAUUUAAGAGUGACUAUCGAGUUGUGGCACUGGAUUUGAGAGGCUAUGGAGAAACAGACGCUCCUGUUCAGCGAGAGAAUUAUAAACUGGAUUGUCUAAUUACAGACAUAAAGGAUAUUUUAGAUUCCUUAGGUUAUAGCAAAUGCGUUCUUAUUGGCCAUGACUGGGGGGGUAUGAUUGCUUGGCUAAUUGCCAUCUGUUACCCUGAAAUGGUGAUGAAGCUUAUUGUUCUUAACUUUCCUCAUCCAAAUGUAUUUACAGAAUAUAUUUUACGACACCCUGCCCAGCUCUUCAAAUCCAGCUAUUACUACUUCUUCCAAAUACCACGGUUCCCAGAAUUUAUGUUCUCAAUCAAUGAUUUCAAGGCUUUGAAACACCUGUUUACCAGUCACAGCACAGGCAUUGGAAGAAAAGGAUGUCGAUUAACAACAGAAGAUCUUGAAGCUUAUAUUUAUGUUUUCUCUCAGCCCGGGGCGUUAAGUGGUCCAAUUAACCAUUACCGAAAUAUCUUCAGCUGCCUGCCUCUCAAACAUCACAUGGUGACCACUCCAACACUACUACUGUGGGGAGAGAAAGAUGCAUUUAUGGAGGUGGAGAUGGCUGAAGUCACAAAAAUUUAUGUUAAAAAUUAUUUCAGGCUAACUAUUUUGUCAGAAGCCAGUCAUUGGCUUCAGCAAGACCAACCUGACAUAGUGAACACUUUGAUAUGGACAUUUCUAAAAGAAGAAACAAGAAAAAAAGAUUGACUUUUCCUUAUCUUCUAUGAGGGACCUGUAAUGAAAUCUCUAAAUAAUUUCUAAAAAUUGUUCAUCAACCUCUUUAUGUUUUAUUAGGAAAAACUGUUUUAAUAUGCUGUAUUAUAAAUAAAUAUUCUGACAAAUGGUAUUGAAAAAAACUGAGAUUGUGUGAACUUGUAAUAUAAUGUUGAUUUUCUUCUGUUGUAUUUUGCACAGAAAAGCUUCUGCCUUAAAAUGCAUACACUUGUACAAAAAGGAAGUUGGGGAACAUGGCUUAUUUUGGGGUUCUUGCUUUUUUUACUCUGUUAAUACAUGGUGCCUUUUACAAAUGUAUAUUACAGAUUAGCUGUGCCAUAUUAAAAAGCAAACCUGCAAUGAUAUACAUUUUCAUUUUAUUGUUCAAAAGUUCUUUUUACUAUUUUUUUAACCAUUAAAAAUUCCGUUAUCAA